CAAAAAGGCAUGAAACGCGUCGCUCUUUUAACCACUCUUCUCCCUCGUCGACAUUUCCAAAAUCGAGCACGCUCAAUCACACUUCUCACCUUCCAGCAACGUUACCCUCUCACGAACAGGCAUUCAUUUACGUCAACAGCCAUGGCAGACCAUCCCACCCUAGUCAAACCACCACCCAUCGAUCCCUUGAAAUCCUCGAUAGAAAACGUUCUAGAACUCACAGAACUAUCCGCCAUUGCACCUGACCUCUACACCAACACCAGACCUCUCUGGCACCCUCCAGGAGCACGCGGUAUCUACGGCGGCGCCGUAAUUGCACAAUGUCUCGCCGCCGCCCAGCGUACCGUCCCCUCGAACUUCACAGUGCACAGUAUGCAUUGCUACUUCGUGCUAGCGGGAGACUCUGAGAUUCCGGUCAUGUACUACGUCGAGCACGUCCGAGAAGGAAAAUCUUUCGCAACUCGCACAGUCCAAGCUCGACAAAGGGGGAAAUGCAUAUUCACAACCACCAUGUCGUUUGUGAGGGAGAAGAGCGGAGGCAAAAAGACAAUCAACCAUGCAGUACCGUUACCUGAAGGAUUGGAUAAACCCUGUGCGCCGAACGGGGAGGAAGAGGGCGGAAGCCCUUUUAUUAGCCAUCGAAUUGAGAUUUUGAAUAAGGAUAGUAAGAAUCCGCAUGAAAAGCGGACGAGGCAAUGGAUUAAGGCUCGUGGGAGGAUCUCUGAGGCUGGCGGACACCAGGCGCAUUUGAGUGCGCUGGCUUAUAUGUCGGAUUCUUAUUUCAUCGGCACGAUUUCGAGGAUACAUGAUUUAUGGAGGUUUGGGGCGCCAAACAGUAAUAAGACGGAAGGGAAAGAGUCGGCGCCCAAUGAGGAUAUGGCGCAGAGAGAGGCUUAUGUAAAAAAGUUAAAGGAAUUUGAGGGCUUCGGUCACGAUUUGGAGAAUACGGCUGGGAGACCGGAGAUUGGAAUGAUGGUUUCACUGGAUCAUACGAUAUAUUUUCACGAGCCGAGAGGGUUUAGAGCUGACGAGUGGAUGUUCACUGAGAUGUCGAGUCCAUGGUCUGGUGAUGGCAGAGGUGUGGUUAUGCAGCAUAUGUUUGCUGCGGACGGGACGUUGAUUGCAACUUGCUUUCAAGAGGGAGUUGUGAGACUCAAAGAAGAGCGUGUUCCGAAGACGUCGAAAUUAUAAUUUCGGGUUUCCCACAAUAUUACGUUCAGAGGUGUGCUGCAAUCACAAAUUUUUGUACAAAUUAUAUACCUACACUUUAGAUUCCGAAGUCAAGCGUCACAAUGGAGCCAUCCGUCACUUGCCACUUGAAGACCCAGUCCUCAUCUAGUUCACAUCUGUGUAUCUGGAAAGAAAAGGCGUGCCUUAUUCGUGCUAUUAGUGGCCACAUUCUCAAUUGCCUUCUACUUCUCGCUUGUUCCAUAACAGUGCAACGACGUCCAUUGGAGACGACAUACGUCUAGUCAAUGGAAUUUCUAU